CACAGUCAUUCUCCUCAUUUGCUUUUACAGGCCGUGAAGCUGACUAGCUCUCGCACCCAGCUUCCCUAUGAAUACUACUCUCUGCCUUUCUGUAAGCCCGAUUCUAUCUUCUACAAGGGAGAGAACUUAGGGGAGGUAUUACGCGGAGACCGUAUUGUGAAUACCCUCUACAAUGUGGAUAUGAACAAGGACAAGAAAUGUGAGAUGGUAUGCAACGUGAAAAAGCUCAACGUAGAAGAGAGCAAGCUGGUUGCUGAGCGAAUCCAGGAGGAGUAUUAUGUGCACCUUAUUGCAGACAACCUGCCAGUUGCCACCAGGUUAGAGUUUUACCCCAACAGAGAGGCAGCAGGGGAGGAGGAGCAGAAGAAGGACAUCCAGUUUGAACACGGAUACAGACUGGGCUUUGUCGACAACAACAAGUUUUACCUGCACAACCACCUGUCCUUCAUCCUGUACUUCCACAGGGAGAAGCUGGAGCAGGGGGAUGUUCACAACUACAGGGUGGUGCGCUUUGAGGUUGUACCCCAAAGUGUAAAAGUAGAUGAUCUGAAGCCUGUGGAAAAGGACAAGACUUGCACCUUGCCUGAAGCCAGUGGCUCUGCCGCACAGGAGAUUGACCCGACCAAGGAGAACGGAGUCCUCUUCACCUACUCCGUCCACUGGGAGGAGAGUGAGGUGAAGUGGGCGUCUCGAUGGGACACAUACCUGACCAUGAGCGAUGUUCAGAUCCACUGGUUCUCCAUCGUCAACUCUGUGGUGGUCGUCUUCUUCCUGUCUGGUAUGUCCAAUUUUGGACAGAUCCUGCUCAGUGCUACUGUCAUUUCUCAAAUGGCCUUAUAA